AUGGUUAGUUCACUUCAAGGUCACUCGGUACCUACAUGGUAUCAAGCAGCUAAAUUCGGUAUAUUUAUUCAUUGGGGUGUGUAUUCUGUACCUUCAUGGGCUCCCGUAGGUGCUGAUUAUGCAGAAUGGUAUUGGUGGAAUUACCAUCAAAAAGGCAGUGCUACGUUUGAGUACCAUCGUUCUUUUUAUGGUCCUGAUGUAGAAUACGACGAUUUCAUUCAAGCAUGGAAACCAGACAGGUUUGAUCCUGUCCAAUGGCUUGAUAUCAUUGAUGCCAGUGGUGCAAAGUACUUUGUAUUUACGACAAAGCAUCAUGAUGGUAUAGCUUUGUUUGAUACGCAUGUAUCCAAUCGAUCCAGUGUUCAAUUAAACCCUUACCGAAACUUUGUGAAAGAAUUAUUUGAUGUUGCUCAAACCCAUUAUCCACAUUUAAAGCGAGGCACUUAUUUUUCUUUGCCUGAAUGGUAUCAUCCUAAUUAUCGUGAUGAUUCUAUUCAUUGGCAUGGUCCACCUGUGAAUCCUUAUACAGGCAAAGUGGUUCCUUAUACAGGUGGUGCCUUUGUCUCUGAUUUUGUGAAUGACAUUCAAGUACCUCAGUUUUUGGAAUUAAUACGUGAAUUUGAACCAGAUAUUAUGUGGUGCGAUAUUGGUGCCAUCCAUAACUCCACUGCUUGGCAAGCCAAGUUUUUCAAUGAAGCAAGAGCAAAAAAAAGACAAGUGACAAUCAAUGAUCGAUGUGGUAAUUCAGUCUCUGAUUUCACAACAGUUGAAUACAAUGAUGUUCAUUAUGUACCUCCAAGAUAUUGGGAAUCAACAAGAGGUAUUGAUCCUCAUUCGUUUGGAUAUAACCAUCAAACACGACAUGAUCAAUACAUAUCCACUGUAUCUUUACUUCAAGAACUUGUCUCUGUUGUCGCCAAAGGAGGUAAUUUCUUACUCAAUAUUGGACCCGAAGGUUCAGGUCAUAUCCCUCAUGUCAUGAAACAGACACUGUCUGAUAUAGGCAAAUGGUUAGACGCAGUAGACGAAAGUAUUUUCAAUUCAAUCCCUUAUUGGGUGACGAGCUUAGAUAUGCAUGAACCUGGGCAGACAUUGUAUUUUACUCAGUCGAAUGAUGGCCAGUCAUUUUUUAUCUUUUGUUUCUCGAGACCUUUAGAUCAACGUGUGAUUGUCAAGACAGCUAUUCCUUUACAUCCUGAAUCACGUAUCACUCAUAUGGGGUUCAAAUCAGCACCAUCUUUAGCAUGGAAGCAAUGGCAUGAUAAACUAGUGAUCACAGUGCCUGAUUCUAUUUUGGAUCAAGGUCAAUGGAUAUGGGUAUUUCGAGUAGAAGCUCCUUAA